GGCUGGUAAAGAGGUGGUUCUAGAGGCACAAUGAAGUCAGAUUUCAAGCUAUCGAACCUGCUAGGCACUGUGUACUCACAGGGCAAUCUUGUUUUCACACAGGACGGCACACAGCUGCUGAGUCCCGUGGGCAACAGAGUGACAUGCUUCGACCUGGUUAACAACAAGUCGUUUACUUUCCCCUUUGAGCACAGGAAGAACGUGGUGCGUGUUGCAUUGAACAAGCAGGAGACUCUGAUGCUGACGGUGGACACCGAUGGACGUGCGAUAUUGGUGAAUUUCCACGCAAGAACGAUACUGCACCACUUCAACUUCAAGGACCGGGUACUGGACCUACAGUUCUCGCCAGAUGGCUCGCACUUUGCCAUUGCGGUUGGUAGGCUGGUACAGGUCUGGAAGACUCCUGAUGCUGGCGAGGACCGGCAGUUUGCACCGUUUGUGCGCCAUAGAAUCUACGCUGGCCACUAUGCGGAUGUCACCUCCAUCACCUGGUCAUCGGACUCGAGAUUCUUCAUCUCCACGUCGAAGGAUUUGACCUCAAGAAUGUUCUCCCUGGAUUCGCAAGAGGCCUCUGCUGCGAUGACAUUUGCUGGACACAGAGACACGGUUAUCAAGGCUUUCUUCAGUGCAGAUCAGGAGAUCAUCUACACCGUGAGCAAAGAUGGAGCUCUGCUGAAAUGGGAAUACACCAAGAAGCCGAAUGGAGAUGAAAGCGACGACGAAAGCGAGAACGAAGACGACAACGACGACAGUGCUCCAAUGAGCUGGAGAAUCACCAAAAGAAACUACUUCUACGCAGAGUCCAACGUCAAGUGUGCCACGUUCCACGCAGACUCAAACCUCUUUGUCGUGGGCUUUGCCAAUGGUGAGUUCCGUCUCUACGAAUUGCCGGAGUUCAACAUGAUUCAGCAGCUGAGUAUGGGCCAGAAUGGUGUCAAUGCUGUUCAGAUCAACAACACAGGCGAGUGGCUGGCCUUUGGAUCUGCCAAACUAGGCCAGCUCUUGGUGUAUGAAUGGCAAUCAGAAUCGUACAUCUUGAAGCAGCAAGGACACUUCGACUCGACGAAUAACCUGACAUACUCGCCAGAUGGAUCCAAGGUGGUGUCAGCAUCGGACGAUGGUAAGAUCAAGAUCUGGGACGUGGUCUCAGGGUUCUGCCUGGCAACUUUUGAACAGCAUACAAGCGCAGUGAGCUGUGUGAAGUUUGCUAAGAAGGGCCAGGUCUUAUUCUCUGCUUCCUUCGACGGCACAGUCAAGGCAUGGGACCUCAUAAGGUAUCGUAACUUUAGAACUUUCACAGCAGCUGAGAGGGUCAAAUUCGGCUCGCUGGCCGUGGAUCCAAGUGGUGAAGUUGUGUGUGCUGCUUCACAGGAUACCUUUGACAUAUACGUCUGGUCCGUUCAAACAGCACAGCUUGUCGAUACCCUUUCUGGUCACACGGGUCCCGUAUCGUGCCUGGACUUUGGAGUGGAAAACAGUGUGCUUGCCAGUGCCUCGUGGGAUAAGACCGUGAGGGUAUGGUCCAUCUUUGGACGUUCUGGGCAUGUUGAGCCAUUUGACAUCCACAACGAUGUCUUGUCCUUAGCAAUGAGACCUGAUUCCAAGCAGCUUGCUGUCAGCACGCUGAACGGACAGAUCCAGUUCUGGGACAUCGAGGAGGGCAAACAAGUUGGCAAUAUUGACGGUCGUAAGGAUGUGAUAGUGGGGAGAUACCUGAACGAUAGAUUCACCGCUUCAAACUCAGCAAGAGGCAAGAACUUCACAUCCAUUGACUACAGCUUUGAUGGUCUAACUCUUGUCGCUGCUGGUGACAACAAUUCCAUCUGUCUGUACGAUAUUCCUAACGAAGUUCUCUUGAGACGAUUCACGGUGUCUCUGAACAUGAACCUGGACGGUACGCAGAAGUUCCUCAACAGCUCGAGGCUCACAGAGGCCGGCUCCUUGGACCUGAUUGACCGUGAUGGAGAAAACAGCGACCUGGAAGAUCGUAUCGACCAUUCGUUGCCUGGCUCGAAGCGUGGUGGUGAUCCAAGCUCUCGUAACACGAGACCAGAAGUCAGGGUCACCUCUAUUCAAUUCUCGCCAACUGCCGUGUCCUUCGCAGCAGCAGCUACUGAAGGCAUCAUGAUCUUUUCCAUAGAUGACCAAGUGAUAUUUGAUCCGUUUGACCUGGAUAUCGAUGUCACUAUUGAAUCCACGCUGGAGACGUUGCAGGAGAAGAACUAUUUGCAAGCGUUGGUGAUGUCGUUCAGACUCAACGAGAGGUUCCUGAUUCACCAAGUCUAUGAGGCCAUCCCAUUGAAAGAUGUCAGGCUCAUCGCACAGGACCUGCCUAUAGUGUAUGUUAACAGACUGUUGGACUUUAUCGGCUCCAUUGCGAUGACGUCGCAACACAUCGAGUACAACCUUCUAUGGGUGAAGAGCAUCAUCUCGAGCCAUGGCAAGUACAUCAACAAGAACAAGCACGAGUUCACCAAGUCCCUGAGAGCGAUCCAGAGGUUUAUUGCUAGAAUCGCUAAGGACAUUGUGAGAACCUCCAAGGACAACGAGUACAGCUACUUGUUCUUCAAAAGCGCAGAGACCACACGGGCUGAGUUCAUAGAGGAGGAUGGCGACGAGGAGGUGGUUGUAUCGGGCAGUGAGCCAGAGGAGAGCGAUGAUGAAGACCUUGAAGAAGAAGAUGAAGACCUUGAAGAAGGUGAUGAUAGUGAUGACGAGGAACAAGGUGGGUGGUUCAGCGCCAAAAAAAGGACUCUAAACCUCGAGCAGCACUCAGAGUCCGAUGACGACGACGAGGAGAUGGAUUAA